AUGGCAAAGUUGCUUAUUGUGCUCUACACUGCCCUUGUGUUGUGGUGCUACUUGUUGUGCAACAUCCCCGCAGCAAAUUGCAUCAUGGCAAAUAAUGAGAUAGAUAGAGUUGCAUUGGUGGCCUUCAAGGCUGCAAUUGUUCAAGACCCAUUUGGUGCCCUCACUUCCUGGAAUCAUUCACUCCACUACUGCCACUGGAAAGGCAUUUUGUGUAGUCGUCGACAUCCUGAUAGAGUUAUUCAGCUAACUCUAAGGUCCCAAGGCCUGUUUCGAGGUGGAAUACCAAACAACCUUUCUCGUUGCUCAAAACUUGAAUGGCUGAACUUGAUCGACAACCACCUAACCGGAAACAUCCCAGCUGAGUUGGGCUCUUUGUCAAGGCUUGGAACUUUAGCCUUAAGUAAAAACAAGCUUUCAGGAACCAUCCCUCCUUUCAUUGGAAACCUCUCAUCUCUUUUCCAAAUCUCUUUAUCGCAUUGUAAUUUGCAUGGGGAGAUUCCGGAAGAAAUUGCUAGGCUUCGAGGCCUGAGCUUAGUCCAGUUAUCUGAGAAUAACCUAUCUGGCAAGGUACCAUCUGGCCUUUAUAAUAUCUCCACCAUCUUUUUUUUAUCAUUAACCGUUAACCAACUUGAAGGAAAUAUUCCUCAUGAUAUAGGCUCCACACUUCCAAAUCUCAAGUUUCUUAACUGUAUGAACAAUUUGUUUACUAGAACAAUUCCUACUUCAUUGUCAAACGCUUCAGAACUUCAAGAGAUACUCAUCUCUAUAAAUUAUUUCAGCGGGACAAUGCUAAAAGAUCUUGGAAAACUUCCGGGUCUUACAGUGAUAGGUGUUUAUCAAAAUUGGUUGCAAGAUGACCUCACUUUUAUUUCACCUCUAACGAAUUGCACCAGUUUACAAAUUAUUGAUGCGGGUGACAAUCUUUUUAGAGGUUCAUUGCCUGACUCCAUAGCUAAUCUUUCCACAUAUCUUAGCUGGAUGAAUUUGCAGAUUAAUCAAAUACAUGGAAGCAUUCCUUCAGGCAUCGGGAACCUUCUCAACCUCACUCAGCUAUCUAUGGUAGCAAAUAAUCUUGCUGGCCCUAUUCCAUCCUCCAUUGGCAGACUUCAUAAUCUGCAAUCUCUGUCGUUAGCCCAGAACAAAUUCACAGAACUUCCAUCUCCACUUGGUAAUUUGACUUCAUUGAUUACUCUCGACUUGGGAGAAAACAAUAUCUAUGGAAACAUACCUCAAAGUUUGGGCAAUUGUCAUAGCUUGCUGGAAUUACACCUUUAUAAAAAUAAUUUCAAUGGUUCAAUACCCCCUGAAAUUAUGAGUCUUUCCUCCAUUUCAACAUUCCUCACGUUAGAUCACAAUGCACUAACCGGUUCUCUUCCAUCAGAAGUCGAGUGUUGGAAAAAUCUUGGGUACAUGGAUGUAUCCUAUAAUACAUUAUCAGGACCCAUACCAAACAUGCUGAGCAAUUGUUUGAGUUUGGAAUGGCUUCACAUGCAGGCCAACUCAUUUGAAGGAGAGAUACCUCAAAGUUUGAGCAUGCUGAGGGGCUUAACAUUAUUGGAUCUUUCACGCAAUAAUUUGUCAAGACUGAUCCUAAGUUUUCUAGGUGAGCUUCAACUAGAUAUGUUGAAUUUGUCUUUUAAUAUGCUACAUGGACAAGUUCCCAUACAAGGAGUGUUUCGAAAUUCAAGUGCAAUUUCAAUUGUUGGAAAUAAUGAUCUAUGUGGAGGUAUUGCAAAAUUACACCUUCCUCCUUGUUCAUCCUCCAACCCCAGUAAGAAUUACCUUUCUCACAGGAUGAAAGUGAUCCUACUGGUGGUUGGUAUUGUGAUAUUUUUAUCUUUGUUAGUUAGCUUCUUUAUAUUUCUUCAACAGUGUCGUGUUUCAAAAACGAAGACCUCUAGCACGCCAUCAAUCAAAGAUCAAUUUUUGAGGGUUUCUUAUGCAAAGCUUCUGAAAGACACUGAUGGAUUCUCAGAGGCUAAUCUAAUUGGUGUUGGGAGCUAUGCUUCAGUUUACAAAGGGAUUCUUGAUCAUAUUCAGAUGGUUGUUGCAGUGAAAGUGCUCAAUCUUCAGACCAGAGGAGCUUCUAAUAGUUUCAUGUCAAAAUGCAAGGCACUAAGAGCCAUAAGGCACCGAAAUCUAUUGAAAAUUUUGAGCGUUUGUUCUAGUGUAUAUUUUCAUGGUAAUGAAUUCAAAGCUCUGGUAUAUGAAUUUAUGGCCAAUGGAAACUUGGACAAUUGGUUGCAUCAAGUUGGAGUUGGAGACUAUGAGCAACUAGAAGAACCUAGAAAUCUUAAACUAAUCCAGAAGGUGGACAUUUCCAUUGGUAUUGCCUCUGCACUUGAGUAUCUUCAUUGUGGUUAUGAGUCGACAAUUAUUCAUGGUGAUCUAAAGCCAAGUAAUGUUCUUUUGGAUGAUGAGAUGACGACCCAUAUUGGAGAUUUCGGUUUAGCGAAAAUUAUUUCUACCGUUUCAAGUGAUGAGUAUGACAUGGGUGACCUGGCUUCCAUGCUAGGAGAUGUAUAUAGCUUUGGGAUUCUUUUACUGGAGAUGUUUACAAAUAAGAGACCAACUGACGAUUUGUUUAAGGAUCAUCUAAAUCUUCAUAACUUCGUUAAGAAUGCUUUGCCUGAUCGAGUGAUGGAGAUUGUGGAUCCCUACAUUCUAUUGGAGCAUAACAGAAGAAGUUGGAUUAAAGACUGUAUAGUUUCCAUUUUGAGAAUUGGGAUUGCAUGUUCAAUGGAAUCACCAACAAAUCGAAUGGAAAUGGGAAGUGUUAUUAGCGAAUUGUGUAAGAUCAAAAAUACAUACAUGAAUGAAGGGUUGAACCAAGACUAG